AUGUGUGGCAUCACCGCGCUCCUCCUCGCUGCGGCCAACCAGGCCGCGGCCCCCGAGAUCAACGAGGCCCUCUCUCUCCUCCAGCAUCGCGGCCAGGAUGCGGCGGGCAUCGUCACCUGCGGUGCAGGAGGAAGGUUCUACCAGUGCAAGGCCAACGGCAUGGUCAGGGACGUCUUUGACGUCAACGCCCUCGCCCGCCUCGUCGGCAACAUGGGCAUCGGUCAUGUCCGAUACCCUACCGCCGGCUCCUCUGCCCACGCCGAGGCGCAGCCCUUCUACGUCAACAGCCCCUACGGCAUCACGUUUGCCCACAACGGCAACCUCAUCAACACCGACGAGCUGCGCAAGUUCCUCGACGCCGACGCCCACCGCCACAUCAACACCGACUCCGACUCCGAGGUGCUGCUCAACAUCUUUGCAAACAACCUGCAAAAGACGGGCAAGUUCCGCAUCAACGAGGAGGACAUCUUCACCGCCAUCCGCGACCUCAUGAAACAGUGCAAGGGCGGCUACGCCUGCGUCGCCAUGCUCGCCGGGUUCGGCAUCAUCGCCUUCCGCGACCCCAACGGCAUCCGGCCCCUCGGCAUGUGCUCGCGCCCCGCCCUCGGCGCCGGCAGCUCCGACGUGCCCAUCGAGGGCCACGGCAAGGACUACUGCUUCACCUCCGAGUCGGUCGUCUCGGACGCGCUCGGCUUUGAGAACUUUGAGGACAUCGCGGCGGGCGAGGCCGUCAUCAUCACCAAGCACGCCGUCUCGCGCCGCCUGCUGACGCCCAAGGCGGCCGACCCGCAGGCCUACACCUUUGCGCCCGACAUCUUCGAGUACGUCUACUUUGCGCGUCCCGACAGCGUCAUCGACGGCGUCAGCGUGUACCGCAGCAGGAUGGCCAUGGGCGACAAGCUCGCCGACGAGGUGCGCAGGCAGCUCGAGGCGCGCGGCGAGACCAUCGACGUCGUCAUCCCCGUGCCGGACACGUCGCGCGUGGCUGCGCUCCAGGCGGCCCAGCACCUCAACAUCCCCUACCGCGAGGGCUUUGUCAAGAACCGCUACGUCGGCCGCACCUUUAUCAUGCCCGGACAGAGCGUGCGCAGGAAAAACGUGCGGAGGAAGCUCAACGCCAUGGCGCUCGAGUUUGACGGCAAGAACGUGCUGCUGGUCGACGACUCAAUCGUCCGAGGCACGACAUCCAAGGAGAUCAUCCAGAUGGCGCGCGACGCCGGCGCCAAGAAGGUGAUUGUCGCCUCGUGCGCGCCGCCGAUCCGCUUCUCCAACGUCUACGGCAUCGACAUGCCGUCGCGCCACGAGCUCGUCGCUCACGACCGCACCGUCGAGCAGGUGGCCGAGUACAUUGGCGCUGACAUGGUCAUCUACCAGACGCUCGACGACCUCAUCGAGAGCGUGCGCCAGUUUAACCCGGAGCUCAAGCAGUUUGACUGCUCCGUCUUCGAUGGCCACUAUGUCACCGGCGGUGUCGACCAGGACUACAUUGCGCACCUCGAGGGCCUGCGCAGCGAGAACGCCAAGCUCAAAAAGGCGGCCGGAAGGGUGCCGGCCAUCGCCGACGCCAACGCCGCCAAGCAGCAGGCUGCGGCGGGCGCUGCCAUCGAGGUCAAGGCGCCCGCCGACGGCGCCAACGACGAGAAGAUGGCGUCCCAGCCCGUCGUCACCGGCCAGACGCCUGCCGCGACGGCGGCGGCAACGGCGGGCGCCAACGGCCAGCGCAAGAGGCGGCUGGGGCAGGACGACGACGAGGAGAACGACGAGCCCGAGGCCACGGGCUGCAGCGGGCCGAUGAACGGCGCAGACGACAUCGGGCUGUACAACGGCUGGUCGCGAUAG